CGGCCGGGCCCGGUUCCGGGUGUCCCUGCCGCGGCGGCGGCGCGGGGGGGGGUGAAGAUGGCGGCGGACUUGGAAGCGGAGGUGCAGGCCAUUGACAAGAGCCUGCUGGAGUGCUCCGCCGAGGAGAUCGCCGUGCAAUGGCUGCAAGCAAAUGACCUUCAGAAAGAAGUAUACCAGCAUCUGGCCUACUAUGUACCAAAAAUUUACUGCAGGGGGCCUAACCCUGCCCCACAAAGGGAAGACAUGCUGGCACAACACGUUCUGCUGGGACCAAUGGAAUGGUACCUCUGUGGUGAAGAUCCUGCAUUUGGUUUUCCAAAGCUUGAGCAAGCGAACAAACCUUCCCAUCUCUGUGGCCGCGUUUUUAAAGUGGGAGAGCCUACGUAUUCUUGCAGGGAUUGUGCAGUUGACCCAACUUGUGUGCUAUGCAUGGAGUGCUUUCUUGGAAGUAUUCACAGAGAGCACCGAUACAGGAUGACAACAUCAGGUGGAGGAGGUUUCUGUGACUGUGGUGAUACAGAAGCUUGGAAAGAAGGCCCUUACUGUCAAAAGCAUGAAAUUAACACUUCAGAGACUGCAGAAGAAGAGGAUCCUCUUGUACACUUACCAGAAGAUAUGGUAGCAAGAGCUUAUAAUAUUUUUGCCAUCACAUUUAAAUAUGCAGUAGAUAUAUUAACAUGGGAAAAGGAAAAUGAAUUACCUGGCCUAGAAAUGAUUGAGAAGAGUGACACUUACUACUGCAUGCUGUUUAAUGAUGAAGUCCAUACCUAUGAACAAGUUAUUUAUACUCUUCAGAAGGCUGUCAACUGCACACAGAAGGAAGCUAUUGGUUUUGCAACAACUGUAGAUAGAGAUGGACGUAGGUCUGUUCGAUAUGGAGACUUUCAGUACUGCGAUCAAGCAAAAUCAGUGAUAGUGAGAAAUACCAGUCGUCAGACAAAGCCAUUGAAAGUACAAGUUAUGCAUUCAUCUAUUGUUGCCCAUCAGAGCUUUGGUCUGAAGCUCCUAACGUGGCUUGGCAGUGUUAUUGGAUACUCAGAUGGCCUUCGUCGAAUACUGUGUCAGGUUGGUUUACAAGAGGGGCCAGAUGGUGAAAAUUCUUCUCUUGUGGAUAAGCUGAUGCUGUAUGAUUCUAAACUGUGGAAAGGAGCAAGAAAUGUGUAUCACCAGUUGUUCAUGAGCAGUCUGCUUAUGGAUUUGAAAUACAAGAAACUUUUUGCUAUCCGCUUUGCAAGAAAUUACCGGCAGUUGCAGAGAGAUUAUAUGGAGGAUGAUCACGAACGGGCAGUAUCGGUGGCUGCUCUGUCUGUCCAACUCUUCACUGUACCUACUCUGGCUCGAAUGUUAAUAACAGAAGAAAAUCUCAUGACCACUAUCAUCAAAACCUUUAUGGACCACUUAAGGCACCGUGACAUCCAAGGCAGGUUUCAGUUUGAACGUUACACUGCUCUGCAGGCUUUCAAAUUCAGGCGUGUUCAGAGCCUUAUUCUGGAUCUCAAGUAUGUGCUGAUAAGUAAGCCAACCGAGUGGUCAGAUGACUUGAGGCAAAAGUUCCUGGAGGGUUUUGAUGCCUUCUUAGAAUUACUCAAGUGUAUGCAGGGUAUGGAUCCGAUAACUCGUCAAGUAGGACAGCACAUAGAAAUGGAACCAGAAUGGGAAGCAGCGUUUACAUUGCAGAUGAAAUUAACACUUGUUAUUUCAAUGAUGCAGGACUGGUGUGCAUUAGAUGAAAAAGUGUUAAUUGAAGCUUACAAGAAAUGCCUGAAUGUGUUGAUGCAGUGUCAUAGUGGUUUUACUGAUGGAGAACAGCCUAUUGUUCUCAGUAUGUGUGGACAUUCAGUGGAGACCAUCAGAUACUGUGUUUCUCAGGAAAAAGUUAGCAUUCAUCUCCCAGUUUCUCGUUUACUUGCAGGCUUGCAUGUUUUGCUGAGUAAAACUGAAGUGGCAUAUAAGUUUCCAGAGCUGCUACCCCUGAGUGAACUUAGCCCACCUAUGCUAAUAGAACAUCCUCUACGAUGCCUAGUCCUUUGUGCUCAAGUGCAUGCAGGGAUGUGGAGGAGAAAUGGGUUCUCUCUUGUUAAUCAGAUUUAUUACUAUCAUAAUGUGAAGUGCAGGAGGGAGAUGUUUGACAAGGACAUAGUAAUGCUUCAGACAGGUGUGUCUAUGAUGGAUCCAAAUCACUUCUUGAUGAUCAUGCUGAGUCGCUUCGAGCUCUAUCAGAUAUUUAGUACUCCAGACUACGGCAAAAGAUUUAGCACAGAAAAUACCAACAAGGAUGUUGUUCAACAAAAUAACACCCUUAUAGAAGAGAUGCUGUACCUCAUUAUAAUGAUUGUUGGUGAAAGAUUCAGUCCUGGAAUAGGACAGGUAAAUGCAACAGAUGAAAUCAAACGAGAGAUUAUCCAUCAACUGAGCAUUAGGCCAAUGGCUCACAGUGAAUUGGUGAAGGCAUUACCUGAAGAUGAGAACAGAGAGACAGGAAUGGAAAAUGUGAUUGAAGAAGUGGCAUGUUUCAAGAAGCCUGGAUUAACAGGCAGAGGGCUGUAUGAAUUAAAACCAGAAUGUGCCAGGAACUUCAAUCUGUAUUUCUAUCACUUUUCAAGGGCAGAACAAUCAAAGGCCGAGGAAGCACAACGAAAGUUAAGAAGACAGAACAGAGAAGAUACAGCACUUCCACCACCAGCUCUUCCUCCUUUCUGCCCACUUUUUGCAAGUCUGGUGAAUAUUCUGCAGUCUGAUGUCAUGCUGUGUAUUAUGGGGACUAUACUGCAGUGGGCAGUAGAACACAAUGGCUAUGCCUGGUCAGAGUCCAUGCUGCAAAGGGUUUUGCAUUUGCUUGGAAUGGCGCUACAAGAAGAAAAACAACAUCUAGAGAAUCUCAGUGAGGAGAAUGUUGUAACGUUUACCUUCACUCAGAAAAUAUCAAGACCGGGAGAGGCACCAAAUAAUUCCCCCAGUAUACUAGCUAUGCUAGAAACACUGCAAAAUGCACCUCAUCUGGAAGUGCAUAAGGACAUGAUCAGAUGGAUAUUGAAGACUUUUAAUACCAUUAAGAAACUAAGAGAAAGCUCUUCUACAAGUCCGGUGGCGGAGACAGAAGGAAAUAUAAUGGAGGAGAGCUCACGCGAUAAAGACAAGGCUGAAAGGAAGAGGAAAGCUGAGAUUGCCAGAUUGCGCAGGGAGAAGAUCAUGGCCCAGAUGUCCGAGAUGCAGCGGCACUUCAUUAAUGAAAACAAAGAACUCUUUCAGCAGACUUUGGAGGAGCUCGAUACCCCAACUUCUGGGGUACAUGAAAAUAGCCCUGUAAUUUCAGAUGCAAAACUCACAGCCUUGGGACCAGAGCAAACUAGAGUAACUGAACACAGACAGGUUGUUAUGUGUAUAUUGUGUCAGGAGGAACAAGAAGUUAAAGUGGACAGCAGGGCUAUGGUCUUGGCAGCAUUUAUUCAGCGAUCAACUGUGUUGUCUAAAAAUAGAAGCAAAAUUACUCCAGACCCUGAAAAAUAUGACCCAUUAUUCAUGCAUCCAGAUCUGUCAUGUGGAACACACACGGGUAGCUGUGGACAUAUUAUGCACGCUCAUUGUUGGCAAAGGUAUUUUGAUGCUGUCCAAGCAAAAGAGCAACGAAGACAACAAAGAUUACGAGUACACACAAGUUACGAUGUAGAAAAUGGUGAAUUCCUUUGCCCACUUUGUGAAUGCUUAAGCAACACUGUUAUUCCUCUGCUUCCUCCACCAAGGGUUUUAUUUAACAGGUUAAACUUUUCAGGCCAACCAAACCUAACUCAGUGGAUCAAAACAAUAUCCCAGCAAAUAAAAGCGCUGCAUUUACUUCGAGAUGAAGACUGUGCAAGCAAUUCUGGUAAUUCAGAAAAAAUGGAUCAGCUGCAGUUACCUGAAGGAUUUAGACCAGAUUUCAAACCGAAGAAUCCUUAUUCUGAGAGCAUAAAAGAGAUGUUGACAACUUUUGGUACAGCAACAUACAAAGUAGGUUUGAAGGUUCAUCCAAAUGAAGAAGAUCCACGUGUACCUAUAAUGUGUUGGGGAAGCUGUGCUUACACGAUACAGACUAUAGAACGAAUUUUAGCUGAUGAAGAUAAACCAUUAUUUGGUCACUUACCUUGUCGACAGGAUGACUGCCUUAAGUCAUUAACAAGAUUUGCAGCAGCUCACUGGACAGUUUCAUCUCUUUCAGCAGUACAGGGUCACUUUUGUACUCUCUUAGCAUCACUGGUGCCUAAUGAAAAAAAUGGAGGUCUUCCUUGUAUACUUGAUAUUGACAUGUUUCACUUACUGGUAAGCUUGGUGCUCUCUUUCCCUGCCAUACACUGUCAGGAAUUUUCAGGGGUUAGUCUUGGCACUGGAGAUCUUCACCUGUUUCAUCUUGUCACUAUGGCACACAUAAUACAAAUUUUACUUACCUCAUCAACAGAAGAGAAUGGCAUGGAUCAAGAAAACACUAACAGUGAAGAGGAAGUAGCUGUGCUUACACUGUAUAAAUUUCUUUGCCAGUGUACAGGAAGUGCCUUGAAAGAAAUUUCCUCAGGCUGGCACCUGUGGAGGAAUCUAAAAGCUGGAAUCAUGCCUUUCCUGAGAUGUUCUGCUUUGUUUUUCCAUUACUUAAAUGGAGUCCCAGCACCCUCAGAAAUUCAAGUCAAUGGAACAAACCAGUUUGAACACUUAUGUAGCUAUCUUUCCUUGCCAAACAACCUCACCUGCCUUUUUCAAGAAAAUAGUGAGAUUCUGAACACAUUAAUAGAAAGUUGGUGCAGUAACAAUGAAGUAAAAAGAUACCUGGAAGGCAAAAGACAAGCUAUCAGCUAUGCAAGAGAGUCCAACAAAUUAAUAGACCUUCCGGAUGACUACAGCUGCCUCAUUAACCAAGCAUCCAAUUUCUCGUGUCCGAAAUCAGGUGGUGAUAAAAGCAGAGCCCCAACAUUGUGCCUUGUGUGUGGGACCAUGCUCUGUUCUCAGAGUUACUGCUGUCAAACUGAAUUAGAAGGAGAAGAUGUUGGAGCCUGUACUGCACAUACAUACACUUGUGGGUCUGGAGUGGGCAUAUUCCUUAGAGUACGAGAAUGUCAGGUGCUAUUUUUAGCUGGAAAAACAAAGGGCUGCUUUUAUCCUCCUCCUUACCUUGAUGACUAUGGAGAGACAGACCAGGGACUCAGACGUGGGAAUCCCUUACAUCUGUGCAAAGAACGAUUUAAAAAGAUUCAAAAACUCUGGCAGCAGCACAGUAUCACAGAGGAAAUUGGACAUGCACAAGAAGCAAAUCAGACACUAGUCGGCAUUGAUUGGCAGCAUUUAUAAUGCUUAUCUGCUGAAGACUGGAACUUUAUUAAGAUUUUUGUAACUCAGUAAGCUUUUCAAAGGAGGGAUUAGGAAAAAAUGUUUGGGGGGGGGGGAAAAACCCCCAGGAACCCAGUCCUGUUAUUUAAUCUUUGUUUUACAAUGUAUUUCAUAAAGAUACCAGUUAACAGUAAUCAAGUAAACUUUCUAUGUAAGCAAGUUUUAUUAGUCAUAUAAUUUGCACUGUGCUUCCUUCACAGAAAUGUCUUGGGUUAUAAACCUGGGCAAACGAACUUGAGUUUCUGAUAAAAAAAAAAAAAAGAAUGACUCUUUUUGGAAGUCUGACUAUGAUUUUUCUUAUGAACUGCAAGAGAAAAAGACUGCUGAAACAGAAACCAGAUAGAGCACAAUUCUGGAUUGUGUUUUGCCCCUUACUAGUAAUCUGAGCCAUUUUAUUUAUUACUCUGCAUUUUAAUACUUAAGCUGUGUGUACAUGCAAUGGAAUGAAGAAAGGAAGCAACUAAUGUAGCAAAUGGAUGUUUCUGUCUGCAUCAGUGGAUAAUUCACUCUUUCACUUGGUGUAUCUAAAAUGAUUUUGCCAUUUGGACUCUUGCAGCUUUCUUGCUUCCAGGUUUGUUUUAAACUAAAAAAAAACCCCUAACACUAGCUUUACAAAUAAAAUAAUUUAAUUUAAAGCUUUUUCCAGAGCAUUGCACUCCUUAGAAUGAUGUAGUUUGUAAUUUGAAUUUAGCUGGGAAACCUUUUCACCUUCAAUUAUGUGAUUGGUUAUUGGUAUUCAAGGAUUGACAUUGUGCUUUAGAAGGUAUUUUAAGAUAAUGACAAUACGUAAAAUGUCACAAAGCUCAUUUUAUGUUAAUUUGCAGAAGCACAGAGGAUAUUUUCAUCAUUUUUGGUAACAGUCAAUUUUUAAGGUGCAAAUCCCAUUUCCUUUUUGUUGCAGACAAACGGAAUGGUUUCCUCUGGCUUUGAAGGGCCACAAUCACACUGCCCACAUUUUUGCAUAGACUCAUUAUUUUUUCUGUUGUCCCAUCAAGUAUAUUUACUUCUUGGCUUGAUUUAAAGCUCUGUAAAGAUGUUUGCAUAUAGUAUAUUUUAUAAAUAUAUUCUAUAACUGCGCAGAUUUGCACUUGAUCUGAGGGUGCCUGAAGGCAGUGAGAUUUUCUAGUUGUACGUAAUUAGACCACCAAGGUGUCUCUAAAAAGUGACAUUCUGCUUACUGAUUGAAAAUAAAAUCCAUUACCUUCCUCUCUCCUAUCUUCUGACAAAUUAGUGAAAUCUUAACUUACAUAGUUCUGUUUCCUUAAUAAUCUGUCGUUCUUUUUAGUUAAGUCUUACUUUCUGACUACGUCCUCAGCCCAGAUAAGCAAUCCCUGAACUGUGUGCCACGUCUUCAGUUACACUUGGUCUGACUGAAUUGUUUCUAUUUUUACAGAUUUAAUGCUUCAGAUCAAUUUUGUAUAUUCAUGGUGUACAGGACAAUUUUUCAAACAUUCAGUAACAGUAUUGAGUGAAGAUGUGAAGUAAUAAAGAAACUUGGCCAACAUUGAUUUCUUUUUCUUAAAACCGGUACAGACUCCUCUUGUCUCUACUACCUGUUGUAGAUCGAAUAAUUUAUGUAUUGCUGUCAGUUUUUAUAAAGAGACAUGCAGAAGUUGCAGGAAAAAAUUACAUUAAUGCUUCAUCUCUGCCUUCCCCUACUGAAGCUGGUUGACGUAUCAACAAUUUUCUGUGCAUGGUACUUAGAAAUCACACUUCUUUGGUGAUGUUACUAUUCCUUUGCAGAGAGUCUUGCUUCCUAAGCUGUGUGCCACAGUUUCAGAUAAUGUGUAACUGCAUUGAAAAACUCUUUUCCUGUAAGCAUAAUAUUAAAAAGAUAACUGAUGAUACUGACAGAUUUCUCUGUGCAAAGCAAAAUACUGACAGCAAGAAGGAUUAUUUCUUGUCUUCCUCUGGGAUCAGAGUCAGAGGCUGCAAGGUUGAAUAGGUUGGUAAAAUGAUGACCAUAAGUAACUGCAAAGGACACAAGUUAUCAUUUUUUUGCAGUUUAGUCAUUCUUUACUCAAGACUUCUAUUUUCUGAUUUGUUUUGCAUGUAUUUAUAUUAAUGUAGAAAUAUUUAUAUAUAACAUUGUUUCAGUAUCAGGGAAAUAAUAUCUGUAAUAAAUUGGCUAUAACUUUAAUAUGUAUGGAUUGUGUGUACAAUCUAGAAUGUAUUAAAUGUUUGGGGGGAGGAAAAAACCCAACCCAAAACCCCCACAAAGUUCCCAAACAUGAAACCAUCAUACAGAAUACAAAACAAAGCUGAAAGCAUCAAGUUAAUGCUUUUGGUGUUGACAUUCAAUAACCGCUUGUUAAAUGUUGCUUUUAGAGUUUUGCUGAGCUUGUUCCUUCAA